CUCAAUGCUCUCUUCUUCGCAAUCCUCAGGUCUAGGCGUCCCUCUCUUCCACUCCACGUCUUCACUCUCGCUCUCUGCCACUCCCCCAUCAUCCGUCCCUCUCGGUUCUGGUACUGUGGCCGAGGCGAUAGGAAAACCGCGAAAGGAAAGCGUUUCAAUAACUCUUUUGGCAAUGCGAGGCCUCGGGACAAGAAGAAAGGAGGAGGACCGCCCGGGGUACCGCUCUCUCCUUCUGCACCAAAGAAAGAUCUGUUCGAAGACGCUGACGUUGUUAAGAUGGAAAUUGACGAGUCACUGCUUUCGAACUAGUCAAAUUUAACAAGCUGUCGUUCCGGCAGGACGAAGAGGCUGAAAAAGAGCAGGCAGAAGAAGCUGAAGAAGACAAGGAUGACAAAUGUGAUGAAGACCAAUAUAAGGAUUUCUGGUGCUCUAUUAUCCUCCUGAUCAUCUCCUUUUGAGCUUCUUUGUUGAUGAUAGACACGGUAUCUUCACCAUUUUCUUCUUGAAUCUCUGAUUCCAUAGCUGUUUAAAGCAAAAUAGACAACAAAAAAUGUUUUAGUUCUUGGUGGGGAA